GUCUUGUGACGGCCGGCCGCCCAACAACCUGCCCGCUUGACCCUAUCCCCUCCUCUCUUCUCCAGACCAUUUCCGGAGACCUUCUCCCUUACCUCACCUCGCUCAUCAACUCAUCCCUGACCGCUGGCUACGUCCCUCCCGUCUUCAAGAGAGCGAGAGUUGCACCCCUUCUGAAAAAACCUACACUCGAUCCCUCCGAUGUCAACAACUACAGACCAGUAUCCCUUCUCUCUUUUCUCUCCAAAACUCUUGAGCGUGCCGUCCUUGGCCAGCUCUACCGCUAUCUCUCUCAGAAUGACCUUCUUGAUCCAAAUCAGUCAGGUUUCAAGACUAGUCAUUCAACUGAGACUGCUCUUCUCUGUAUCACGGAGGCGCUCCGCACUGCUAAAGCUAACUCUCUCUCCUCUGCUCUCAUCCUUCUAGACCUAUCGGCUGCCUUCGAUACUGUGAACCACCAGAUCCUCCUCUCCACCCUCUCCGAGUUGGGCAUCUCCGGCGCGGCCCACGCUUGGAUUGCGUCCUACCUGACAGGUCGCUCCUACCAGGUGGCGAAUCGCAUCUCUGCAUGUCUGGCAGACAUAUCAGUGUGGAUGACGGAUCACCACCUCAAGCUGAACCUCAGCAAGACGGAGCUCCUCUUCCUCCCGGGGAAGGACUGCCCGUUCCAUGAACUCGCCAUCACGGUUGACAACUCCAUUGUGUCCUCCUCCCAGAGCGCUAAGAACCUUGGCGUGAUCCUGGACAACACCCUGACGUUCUCAACUAACAUCAAGGCGGUGUCCCGUUCCUGUAGGUUCAUGCUCUACAACAUCCGCAGAGUACGACCCUGCCUCACACAGGAAGCGGCGCAGGUCCUAAUCCAGGCACUUGUCAUCUCCCGUCUUGAUUACUGCAACUCGCUGUUGGCUGGGCUCCCUGCCUGUGCCAUUAAACCCCUACAACUCAUCCAGAACGCCGCAGCCCGUCUGGUGUUCAACCUUCCCAAGUUCUCUCACGUCACCCCGCUCCUCCGCUCUCUCCACUGGCUUCCAGUUGAAGCUCGCAUCCGCUACAAGACCAUGGUGCUUGCCUACGGAGCUGUGAGGGGAACGGCACCUCAGUACCUCCAGGCUCUGAUCAGGCCCUACACCCAAACAAGGGCACUGCGUUCAUCCACCUCUGGCCUGCUCGCCUCCCUACCACUGAGGAAGUACAGUUCCCGCUCAGCCCAGUCAAAACUGUUCGCUGCUCUGGCCCCCCAAUGGUGGAACAAACUCCCUCACGACGCCAGGACAGCGGAGUCAAUCACCACCUUCCGGAGACACCUGAAACCCCACCUCUUCAAGGAAUACCUAGGAUAGGGUAAGUAAGGGUAAGUAAUCCUUCUCACCCCCCCCCCUUCU